AAUUUUUGCAACUCUGUUGAAUGACGGUGAAUAAAAAAUAAAAAAUAUCUUGCAAUUCUACAUAAGAAAAUACAAAAAAGCCGAUAAAGCUAACAAAAACUAUUAAUAAUUUUCAAUAUUAUUAAAUUAUAAAUAAAUUAUCAACCAUCACGCAUAAAUGGAUGCCUUAUGCAAGCAUUUAUCAAAAAUUCGAGUGCCUUGUGACAAUCAGGCCAUCUACAAGGAUGAGUGUGUGUACUCGUACGACAAUCCGGAAUCGCCCACCGGUCUAUAUGUAAGUUUGACAAGUUUUCUGGGUUUUGGCGAGGAAUACGUUCAAAAGUAUGCCGAAAAAACUGGUAAUUGCGUUUUCCUGCAUAUAUAUCGCGAAAAACAUCUCAAGGAAGAUGCAGCAAAAGGCGAGGAUGAGACCGGGCCUGAGCGUAAGAUAACACGUCUUGCUAUUGGUGUCGAGGGUGGUUAUAACGACAAGGACACCAAGAAUUAUGAAUAUAAAGAUAACUAUAGUAUUGUGGUUAUGCCGGAUAUUCAAAAUAAAUUGCCUUUUCCCAACAAUGAUUUCCCCUUAAUAAUCACACAAUCGGUGGAGAGUAUUUUGGCCCAGGAUUCUGCUAUUUCCAAACUGGAGAAGCAAACGUUAACAGGCACUUGGGAUGGUGAAGUGCGUCAGGUUUCCAAAUUUUCUGAAAAUCUGCAGCAAUUAAACAAUGGCAAGAAAAUUCCUCCCUCCGGUUGGAAAUGCGAAAAAUGUGAUCUUACUAAUAAUUUGUGGUUGAAUUUAACUGACGGCUCCAUUUUGUGCGGCAGAAAAUUUUUCGAUGGUUCUGGUGGCAAUGACCAUGCCGUGGAGCAUUAUAGAGAAUUCAAUUAUCCCUUAGCUGUUAAACUUGGCACAAUUACAGCCGAUGGUAAAUCUGAUGUAUUUUCUUAUCCUGAAGAUGAUAUGGUUAUCGAUUCGAAACUGGAAGAUCAUUUAGCACAUUUUGGCAUAAACAUGGCAGCUAUGAAAAAAAGUGAAAAAUCAAUGGUAGAACUGGAGCUGGAAAUCAAUCAACGUAUAGGCGAAUGGUCUUUGCUGACAGAAAGCGAAAGUGAGUUGCAGCCCAUGUCGGGGCCUGGUUAUACCGGUAUGCGCAACUUGGGAAAUUCUUGUUAUAUAAACAGUGUCAUGCAAGUGCUUUUCACCUUGCCCGAUUUUAUAAGCCGCUUUGUGGGUAAAGGAGCCGAGGUUUACUUCAAUCAGUUUCCCGCUGAUCCGGCCAAUGACUUUAAUAUACAGAUGUCGAAAUUGGGUAAUGGUUUGUGGUCGGGCAAGUAUAGCAGCAUUACUGAGAAUAGCUUAGACACUACCGGCAUAUCGCCAGCAAUGUUUAAGAAUAUUAUUGGUAAAAAUCAUCCAGAUUUUGGCACAAAGCAACAGCAGGAUGCUUAUGAUUUCUAUUUGCAUUUGCUUAAUUUAUUGGAGCGCAAUUCACGCAACCAACCUAACAAUCCCGUAGAUGCUUUAACAUUUAGCAUAGAAGAUCGCGUUGAGUGCAUGGCAAGUAAAAAGGUUAAAUACACACGUCGUGAAGAAUUCUGCCUGCCUUUGGCCAUACCUUUGGAGAAGGCCACAAAUCUGGAUGAAGUUAAAGAAUAUUUGGAGAAAAAGGCAAAUUGUCCGGCUGGAGCUAAAAAUGACAAAGACGUUGUACGUCACAAGGUGCCGUUGCAAGCUUGUUUGGAACGCUUCUUUGCUGCAGAAGUCAUUGAUCAAUUUUAUUCGUCAGCUAUAAAGGGUACCACAACUGCCAAGAAAACAGCCCGUCUGGUCAACAUGCCCGAUUAUUUAAUGAUGCAUUUGCGUAAAUUCACCCUAGGCGAUGAUUGGGUGCCCAAAAAACUUGAUGUAGAAGUAAAAAUGCCAGACGAAUUGGACUUGUCUAACUGGCGUGCCAGCGGCAAACAAGCACAUGAAGAGGAAUUACCAGAGACUGAUACAGCCCCAAAAUUUGUUUUUGAUGAAAAUAUGGUUUCAUCGCUAAUGCAAAUGGGAUUUCCCCAGGAGGCUUGCAAAAGAGCAGUAUUCCACACUAAAAAUGGCGGUUUGGAUAUAGCUUCAAACUGGCUGAUGGAGCAUAUUGGGGAUGCCGAUUUUUCCGAUCCAUUUGUAAUACCUAAUGAGACCGCUUCAGCUGAAAGCGCUGCUGCAUUUGUGCCCGAUGCAGAUAGUCUUUUCAUACUCAUGAGCAUGGGCUUUGAUGAACGACAAGCCACAAAAGCCCUCAAAGCAACUGACGGUAACGUUGAACGCGCUGCGGACUGGAUAUUUUCUCAUGCUGAUGACAUGGAUGUUACCGAAUCUGCUCCGGCUGGCACUGAAUCGAAUUCAUCAAGCUCAUCUUCGCAGACAAAAAAGAAUGGUCGUGAUGGUAGCGGUAAAUAUAAGUUGGUGGCAUUUAUCUCUCACAUGGGUACAUCCGCACAGGUUGGUCACUAUGUGUGUCACAUAAAGAAGGAUGGCCAGUGGGUAAUUUUCAAUGACAGCAAAGUGGCUUUAUCUCAGAAUCCACCCAAAGAUUUGGGUUAUCUCUACCUAUACAAGCGCGAAGAGUGAAUAACAAAAAAACAACUCGAGUGUUCGAUACACUAGUCCUCCCCCUUUCAUAAAAAUUAUGCUUUUUUUAUUCGUAAUUGUAUAAAUAAAGUGAAUUUAUUAAUAAACAUCCA